AUGCCCCACAACCAGCAAGAUCAACAUAUACAAGACGAGGUGCUUCGGCACAGUCUUGAGAACCCCGAAGACUUCUGGAGACACCAAGCCGAGCAUCUCCAUUGGCAUAAGCCAUACUCGACAACCAUCCAGCUCACUCAGAAAACUCUCAAGAACGGUGUUACACAUGAUAGCUGGGAGUGGUUCCCAGGCGGCGAAAUAUCUACUUGUUACAAUUGCGUCGAUCGACAUGUACAUGAUGGGCAUGGCGAUUCCGUCGCCAUCUACUUUGACAGUCCUGUGACAAAGACAAAGGAAAAAUAUACAUACAGUCAGCUUCUUGGUGAGGUUGAGACUCUUGCUGGUGCAUUAAGAGAGCAAAGGAUACAGAAGGGAGAUGUAGUCCUGCUGUAUAUGCCUACGAUUCCCGCUGCCGUGAUAGGUAUUCUUGCUGCUAAUCGACUGGGCGCUAUCCAUUCUAUUGUAUUUGGUGGUUUUGCCCCUCACGCUCUGGCGCAACGUAUCGAUUCAUGCUGUCCUGUGGCUAUUCUGACGGCGUCUUGUGGUAUCGAUGGCAACAAACCUCCAAUUGCAUAUAAAGGCUUGGUAGAAGAAGCGAUUCGGUUGGCUGGUCAUAAACCCCAAAAUGUUAUUGUAUGGCAAAGAGAUCAGCUCCGUUGGAAUCUCAACCACGAAACUGGGCAGCUCGACUGGGACACGUUAGUCGACAGUGCCCGAUCUCGAGGAAUCAAGGCGGACUGUGUGCCAGUCAAGAGCACCGACCCUAUUUAUAUCAUUCACACUUCAGGCACCACUGGAACCCCAAAGGGUGUACUCCGCGAUGCUGGUGGUCACGCUGUCGGUCUGCACCUGUCCAUAAGUUAUCUGUUCAACAUUCACGGACCUGGGUGUGUUUCUUUUACGGCAUCGGAUAUUGGCUGGAUCGUUGGUCACUCAUACAUCAUCUACGGCCCGCUCCUCACGGGAGCCGCAACUGUCUUGUACGAGGGCAAACCCGUCGGUACCCCUGAUGCAUCGGCGUUCUGGAGAAUAGUUGAAGAGUAUAAAGUCAACACCAUGUUCACAGCGCCAACAGCUCUACGUGCAAUCAGGCGCGAUGACCCCAACAACCAAUCCUUCAUCGAUUACGGCAAAAGGGGUGCUCUCAAGACUUUGCGAGCUCUCUUCCUCGCUGGAGAACGCUCCGAGCCUACUCUUAUCGACAGUUAUCAGCAGCUCAUGGGUCAAUAUUGCGCUGAAGGCGCAGCCGUAGUUGAUAAUUGGUGGUCUACAGAAGUUGGUUCCCCCAUCACGGGGCGAGCGCUCGUUCCGCACGCUGGCAAGCAUCGCAAGACGGAAGUUCGUGGGCAUCCUCCUCCUUGCCUGAAGGCUGGUAGUGCUGGGAAAGCAAUGCCAGGCUUUGACGUUCGUAUCGUGGAUGAUGAGGGCAAUGAAGUUGAGAGGGGAUCCAUGGGAAAUAUUGUUUUGGCAAUGCCUCUCGCCCCGACAGGAUUUCGCACUCUGUGGCAGGAUGAAGAACGCUUUUGGAAAGGCUACUUGAAAAGAUUCGAGGGAAAGUGGCUUGAUACCGGUGAUUCGGGCUGGAUCGACCAGCAAGGUUAUAUCCAUGUAAUGGCACGCAGCGACGAUGUUUUAAAUGUCAGCGCGCAUCGUCUAUCAAGCGGGUCUAUUGAGCAGGCCAUUGCAGCCCAUCCUCGUGUCGUUGAAGUUUGUAUCGUAGGCGUACCGGAUUCACUAAAGGGUCAGCUUCCUUUCGCCUUCGUAGCACUUUCGGGACAAGGCUGUGCAGAUCCAGCAGUGCCGAGUGAAUCAGUCGUCAAGGAAGUACAGCAGUUAGUCCGUGGUCAGGUGGGUGCUAUAGCCUCAUUAGGCGGUAUCAUCCAGGGCAAGGGAAUGAUCCCCAAAACAAGGUCUGGCAAAAUGCUACGACGGGUCCUCAAGGAGAUGGUGGAGAACUCCAUUCGUGGUGACUUUGACAAGGAAGUUGCGGUUCCCAGCACGAUUGAAGAUGUGUCGACAUUGACUGUUGCCCGUGCCAGGAUCAGGGAGUACUUUGAACGAGCAGAAACCGAGACGGAUGGCAUGGUGAAGGCUCGCCUAUAG